AUGUUGAUCGCCGGUGGCUGGUAUUGUUUCAGUCCAUCACCGCUGCGUAAUGCCGUGUUCUGGUCAGCUGCCGGGACUUGUGUGGCAACUACGGUCACUGUCGGGGGUGCUAAGGUAAUAAAGACGGUGUUCGUUGGACCUCUUGAUGCUGGCGGCGGCGGUGGCGGCGGCGGUCCGGGGGGUGGAGGAGGCCCUCCUGGGGGUGGGGGUGGAGGCGGCGGUGGUCGAGGGGAUGGGGGAGGUGGUGGAGGAGGUGGUGAUGGAGGCGGUGGUGGCGGUGGCCCCUCUGGGGGAGGAGGCGGCGGUGGCGAUGGCGGAGGAGGCCCUUCUGGCGGAGGAGGAGGGGGUGGUGAGACUGGGGGAGGUCCCUCUGGGGGUGGCGGCGGCGUUGGUGAAGGAGGCGGCGGUCCUUGA